CCUCAAGAAAGAUGGCUCAUGCACUUCCAGUUCAGGAGCUGCAGCUCCCAGUUUUUUCUGCUUCAACUGUGCUGCAGCUGACAGACUUCCUAGAAGGGAAACCUGUGUGACAGAUGAUCACAAACACUGGCAACCUGUUUACUGCCCAAAGGGUUACUCAAUCAUCAGUGAUCCACUCACAGUGAGGCCAUGGAGGGAGAUGAAACAGCAUCGAGCCACCCCUCAGAGGACAGCAGCAUACUGGACCUUCCCUCUGCUUAUGAUAUAACAGACAGCUUCCUGCUUGAACACAACACUGGGACCAGUGACGAGCCUUGUAGUUCUGUGGAUACUUUUGCCUCAUCAGCAUGCUUAGAGCGUGACCCUAAUAAGUUUUAUCCAAAGGCUGUCCAGAUUGUUGUUGGUGUUUUGAACCAUCUGGAGACUCUUCCAGGAUGUGUGGCUUUCUUUCUAGAUAUGAGUCACAGCAACCAGGCCUGGAAGCCCGAGUGGUGUAUCUGCUCUCUCAAAAUUCAGGACCUGGCAAACAAGGAAGGAGGAAAAUAUUCCUUGUGUAGUCUCCACAUGGCCCAGAUGGUUUUGAACAGAGAUGGAUGCAAGGUCUUUCCAAACCACUCCAGCAAUGCUGGUUUCUCAGCACCAGCUAAUGGAGAAGUUGCACUGGAAGAAGGAAAGCGAACACCGGGACUGUCUGAUGAUGUCCUCCAAUUUCUCUUAAAACAGAAUGUGAUGAAAUCAUAGGGCUUGAUGUUUGGGGCUAAGGGAGGGGUGAGCAAGCUGUUUAUUUGGUUUUGCUGUGUCUUUUAGUAGAGGGCACCGUGUGGCAUUUAGCUCCUGCUCUGAGUAGGGACGGCUCUGCCUCAGGAAAGGUCAAUCCUCCCACUUAAACUGCAAAACCACCCAUUAUAUCUUCUCUCCUGCCCCCGGACUCCAGUGUGAAUUUCACCUACGUAUUGAACUUGUUUCCCAGCAUCUGAGCGGUGACUCUGGUGCUUAGUGGACUUGUUCUCCAGUUCGAAAUGUUGCUGCUAUCCUAAAGCUCACCCUGUGACCAUGGGCUAGAAAACAUGCCCUUCUCUGAACCUGCCCUAAGUUCUCAGGCAACAAACAGGAUAUGAAGUGCACCAGCCUAGGCAGAUAUCUUUACCGGGUGUGUAGGCUUGGAAUGAUUAGAUGUGUAUUGGCAGAUGUCAGUUUCACUAUGCACACACAACCCUUGAUAAAAAAAAUAUUUCCAUCAAUAAUUGACAUUUACAGAUCAGCAGCAUUUUUCUUUGCCUGAGAACUUAGUUUGCUCUGAGGAUAUUUUGACAUGUGAUGCUGACAAUUUGUGUUUUAGUGAUUAUAAAGGUUACGUUUUUUAAUCUCAGUGUCUGUCAAUGAUUGUCUGAUCCCCAGUCCAUAAUUUCCUGCAACUGUACAAAUUUAAAUUGAUAAACAUUGAAAAAACGCUUAAAGACAGAUAUUGCCCAAAGUCAUUAAAAAUAAGAGUUCUACCAAGCCUGUCAUAGAUCUGAGCAAAAACAUUUGGAAACAUCAUACUGCACCUAGUCUGAUAUCUGCAGAAAAAAAAAAAGAAUAUUUAUAUAAAACCAUUAUGCAUCCUCCUUCUCUGAACAGACUGACAACUGUGUCCUCUGUGUCCACGAGAGAAAAAACCUGGUUGUGAUCUCAUACCAGUUUAACGCCAUUGGCAUCGAUGGAUUUACUCCUGAGAAUCUGUCUGUGUCUUAGGGCACGUCUUC